AUGGAGAACGAAUCUGUAAAGUCAGAACAAAGUGGUCGCUCCAGACGUUCACGAAGUCACAACAAUAACGGCGGCAAUGGCGGUGGUGGAUCUGUAAACAAUGGCUAUCAUCGUGACCGUACAAGGCAUUCACAUCGCAGCAAUUCCCAUUCAAAGUCCAAAAGUAAUCGGAGCAGUGAUUUAAAUCCAUAUCAGACAACUGUGAAUAUGACGGGUGAGGAGGGACGUGAUGGUCAAGAAAUUAUCGAGGUACAAAUAUUGCCACAGGAUGAUAACUGGGGUGAAAACACCACAGCGGUUACGGGCAACACAUCCGAGCAAAGCAUAUCCAUGGAAGACAUCAACAAUGCCUGGCAUCGUGAAAUGAAUGAUACGGGAUUUGGUUUCAAAUGCCGACGUUAUUUGGAAUCGAUAUUUUCAUUUCUGCUCGGUUUUGGUGCCUUCUUCUCACCCGUGGCCAUGGUGGUAAUGCCCCAUAUGGGAUUUUUCCCAUCGGCCUUCGAUCAUCCCGAAUUAACGCAGACAGUGCGAACUCAGCUAUUGGCCUGCGGCAGUGAAUGUAAAGGUCUUUUGAUAUCAAUAUCGGUACGAUUAUUGCUGUUGGCAAUUGGUUUGUGGGCUUUGUUUAUGCGAAGAUCGGCGGCAACAAUGCCUCGCAUAUUUCUGUAUCGGGCUGUUGUGUUGCUCUUGGUAACGCUGAGUACAUUUGCAUAUUGGCUGUUUUAUAUUGUACAGGUUACAAAUGGAGCAAAAAUUGUCGUUGAAACUGGCGGAGAUGCGGUCGACUAUAAAUCACUUGUUGCCUAUGCUACCAAUCUCGUCGAUACAUUACUCUUUAUACAUUAUAUUGCAGUAGUGCUGUUGGAACUACGUCACAAUCAACCAAUGUAUUAUGUAAAAAUAAUACGAUCACCCGACGGCGUUUCACGAUCCUACACUCUGGGUCAAUUGAGUAUACAACGUGCUGCGGUGUGGGUCCUACAACGUUACUACGUGGAUUUUCCCAUUUAUAAUCCAUAUUUGGAACGUAUACCAAUCUCAAAAUCACAAAGAAAUAAAAUUACAACCAGUUUCAAAUACUACGAAGUAGAUGGUGUAAAUAAUUCACAACAACAAAGUCAAAGUCGUGCUGUUUUGGCGGCAAAUGCAAGACGUCGAGAUUCUUCACACAAUGAACGAUUUUAUGAGGAGCAUGAAUAUGAGCGAAGGGUUAAGAAGCGUAGAGCACGUCUGAUAACGGCGGCCGAGGAGGCUUUCACCCAUGUCAAACGUAUACAUAAUGAACCGGCACCGGCGGUACCUCUAGAUCCCCAUGAAGCUGCCCAAGCUGUAUUUCCCUCAAUGGCCAGGGCACUGCAAAAAUAUUUGAGGGUAACGCGACAACAACCACGUCACACCUUUGAAAGUAUACUGAAGCACUUGGCUCACUGUCUGAAACAUGAUUUGUCGCCAAGAGCUUUUCUUGAGCCAUAUCUCACUGAGGCGCCGGUCAUGCAGAGUGAAAAGGAACGACGUUGGGUACAAUCAUGGUCUCUGAUAUGUGAUGAGCUGGUAUCACGACCUGUUGCCGGAGAUGUCACUUUCCAGCUAAUACAAAACGACGUCUCGCUAAUGGUAUCCAUACACAAACUACCCCACUUCAAUAUAGCCGAGGAGGUUGUCGAUCCCAAGAGUAAUAAAUUUGUAUUGAAACUCAAUUCGGAGACAUCGGUAUGACAACAGCAAUCACAGACGCCCACCUUGACACCGACGCACAGUAAUGUAACUCAGUCAUCCUAUU